CGCGAGAAGACAGAUGCGAGGCUGUUAACGUCGGAGAGAGAUUCACAUUCUCACGGACUGGGAUGUGAGAGAGCCCGAUGAGAUGGAGACCUUCAUCCAUCUUUACCUGAAUCUGAUCGAUCUUGGGAGUCAAGCCAAGAUGUGACCGUCACGGCGCGUCAUAGUUUGGAUCUGCCCAGCCUUUACAACACUUGUUUCUAUAGCAACAGAAAUAUUACAGUAUCCUAAAAACUCCCAUUCCCACAAUGCAGUCCUCUAGCUGUUCCUCUCAGCCUCCAAAGCCACGGCGCUUUGACGUCAGCAGGCGGACCAAUGCUUUAGCUGCACCAAAGUCUCAUGGCCCUGGUUUUCAAAGGGAGGAUAAAAACAUGAACACAAUCACCACAUCCUCCCCACGCCGGGCUACUAAAGGCCCCACUGCACCCACCAGGACCAGGGUGGUGGUGCAGCCUCGAGCACCCGUAAGCCAGUCAAGGUUUGCUUCACAAAAACAGGUUUCAACCAUCUCUAAAGCAACUAAGCCCAAACCCAAGAGUGCUCGCGCAUCGGCAGCAACCAAAAUUGCACCAGCAGCCGCUCCUCCUCCGCUUCCCUCGGUUCUCCCUCUUGACCCCAAUUGCAACGAGCCCAGCCUCCCGUGUCUGUGCUGCGAUGGGCGCUCCCCGCAGGACAACAACAGUAUGUUCAACCAUAACCACAACAACAACAACACCAUCUCUAUCAGACAGCAACUGCAGCUACCACCUCCACCGGCCCCGUUGCCCCAGAGGCAGGAUGGGAAAGGGGCCAAAGAGCAGCCUCAGCCUCCUUUGCAAGCACAGGCCCAGCUGGAGCCCUCUGCUUGCCCUGCUGCCAGUCUGGAAAAUGAAGGCAAGAAUGCAGAUGAAAGUGCUGAUCUGGACAACAAGAAAAAUGUAAAAGUUGAGGAAGAAGAUGACGAGGAAGAGAGCAGUGGGGACAUUGAUAUUGACGAUGAUGAAGAGGAGGCUGACAAUGACGACGACGACGAAGAUGACGACACCCUGGUCCCCUCUUGCUGUGACUGUCCCCCCUCCCUCCUGGAGUUCUCGCUGUCCUCCUCCACCUCCUCGUCCUCCACUUCUAUCAGCUCCUGCUCUGAUCUGGAGUCUGACUGUGCAGAUCAAUCCACCUCCAUCUGCUCUUCCCACGACCAAGAUAAUAUAUCCGUCGCUCUGUCCCCCAAAGAGCAAUCUCUUCCACAAGCACCUGAAUGCCAGCCUCCUGCACGUUCACCCCCAUCCCUUCCUCUAAGCCGCAAUCCAUUCUCCUUAACGUCACAUUCCCCGAUUCCCCCUUGCUCCCCAGAUGAGGGCUACCCCUCCGCCCUGGACUCCCCUUCUCCUGACUACUUAGGAGUCAAAGGUGAUUCUGAGGUCACCAAACUAGGCUUGCUUGACUUUCUAGAAUCAGUAGGGGAGUUUGGAAAAAUGGAGCGCUUCAGCCAGGUGAUCCAAGUGGCUCGUUGGGAUCUGGAGGGGGAACAACACUGGGAUGUUCUGAGGGAUCGGCUAGAUCACCUGGAUCGCUUGGAGAAGGUGAACAGGGAAGUGAAACUGGCCUAUGUCGCCAGACUCCACGAGAAGGGAUUUGAUCUUGGAGAUCUGGAAGAGCAGGAUCUCUCAGAUGUCAUGGAUGAAAUGGGCAACAUCGACAUUCCCUGGAAGUUGUAUAAAGGUCGCGGAGGAACGAUGGGAGACUCUCAGGAGUUUUCAGAUGCAGGGGUUGAUCUCACUGCUCCAUCAGACUGUGAUGAGCCUCUUGUUCCUGAUUCCCUCACCCCUUCCCCUGUCGAGCCACCACCCAGACCCCCCAAACCUCCUGCGCGACAUGCCAGCGUGAGCUCUGAUCUCCACACCUACAUCAAUAUAAGCAGGGAGACCACCUCCAUGGCUGUGUCCACCUCUCCUACUUUGACAACUUUCUCCCCAAACUCCUCAUCCCCCACAUUCACCACUUUUAGGUGUGAGAAACCCCUUCCUCCAUCUCCACCAUCCAUUCCUCCUCUCCCCACCUCUAAACCAGUCCCUUACUUCACACUCUAUACCUCUCCUUCUCCACCGCCGUCUGUUCCCACCCCGACUCCGCCUAUUCCUCCCCCUCGGAGGCGCCACCUCGCCAGGAAGGAGGCGCAGCGGCUCGCUGCUCUUCAAGCCGAACAGGAAAAGACCCCCCUUUCCCUUCCUCCUCCUACCACACGUCCCCCACCUCUACCUCCUCCCCCAGUUAUCUCAGUCUCCUCCUCAUCUCCCCCUGCUAUACCACCCCCACCUGCCCUCCCCCCUCCCCCCUCCUUUCAUGCACUGGAUGUGGAGAUUCGGAAGCUACUGAUGCUUGCUGGAUUGACCCAGGCUGAGCUCCUCAAACUCAGCCCGGAGCUUGGUGUUUGCGUCGGUGGGUUAGAGGAUGAGGAAGAUGGAGAAAAUGUUAUCUCGUCCAGGUCUGUGGAGCCACAUCAGUUCAGGCUAAAAGAGAGGGAGGAUGAGGAGGAAUGUGACACAGAGUUGAUGACCAGAGAUCGAUGGAGCAGCAGAGCAAGCAAGUUGGAUGGGGAUCGAAGGGUAGAUAUAGCCGAAGAAGGCAAAAAGAAAGAGGAGAGCAAAGACACACAGAGAACCACGUCAUUCACUGAGAUGGCGAGGAGAAGGAAGAGGAACAGCGGUCUGACUUCUGACUCUUACUAUAGCACUGGGGUUAGCAAUACACAUGAAACUAAAGAAAAGAAUAUGAGCUUUGAGUCUUUCCGGUAUCCUGCUGAGUUACCAGAUUCACCUCCCCCUCCUCCUCCUCCGCGCCCCUUACCCCCAAUCCCCCCCUCUCUGCCACCCACCAAAGUCAGCACUCUCCCUGCCAACUCUGCACAACCUGAGCGAUUUGAUUGGCUCAUAGCAUUCACACCUGAUGGUGAAGCCCCACCGCAGCUUCCACCCCUGAUAAUGAGAAAAUCUCAUAUGGAAACUCAAAAGAAGCUCAUAUCAUCAGGAUCAUCUCCAGCGAUAGCUCCCAAGACCACAACUUUCAAAGAGCUGCGUUUCCGCAACAAGAGCGCCUCCCCCUCAACAAAAGUGAUCACUGACCCAGAUCCUGACCCAACAGUCAUUACUCCAGAUCCAGACAUACUGUACAACCUGAGGUGGAGAAGAGAGAAGGCAGGCAGCGAUGGCAACCAAUGGGAGUACACCUCUCAAGCUCAGGCCUUCUUCAUGCAGCCACCACCAGCCCUCACCUCAAUGGCUGCUCUGAAGGAAAUGCUCCAGAGAGCUGACAAGGAGGGUGGACAACUAGAGCUGUGCCCAUCACAGAAGAUUGGCUGCUCAGCCAGUGACAGCAGCCUGUGGACCAUGGGCAGAGAGUGGGAGUGUGAGGACAUUAAGAGUGAGGAAAAGGAGGGGAAAGAAGAAGAGGAAGAGGAAGAGUUGGAGGUGAGAGGACUAGCCGAUGGAGGAAGGACUUUGGAAUCAAGAACUACAGUUUCCUCCCCCCCACUGUCCCUUGCCCAGUCCUCCCAACCCUACUUCCUCCACACUGCCCUCCCUUCCUAUCGCCUAGGCUACUGUAACUCUGAGCCCUUUGCAGAUCCCAGACCCCACAGCCAUGUAGGCAGGGAGUCCGCAGAUGAACACAGCACGAGACAGUGGACCCCUGCUGCCAGCACAGCUCCUGUACACAGAGAUGAUUCCAGCACUGAUUUAAACACAGGGUUUAACUAUAAAUCCCUGGCCGAUUAUGAUGUAGACUCUCCUUGUGAAUAUGGGAAUAUCUUUAACACACACAGGGACUUUGCAUCUGACUCUAUGUGCAAUUUCGACUCUCUCUGCUGCAGUAACUCAGGAAAGCAGAAUGACACACACACUAAGUCAGACACACCUGUUAGUGGCCCCACAGAUGCUCCAGGUUGCACCACCCCAUAUAAGAACAUUGACAUCAUGAUGACGUAUUCAAACAGUAUCAGUGCCAUGGAUUCGCUGUAUUCAGAAAAGCGCACACACUCCCACACAAACCAUAACAGCAACAAGGCCAGGACAUCUAAAGAGCUUCCUCCUCUACCCAGUAUUUACCUCUACCACCCUAAAAACUGCCCUCUGCAUAGGGGUGCACCUCCUCGCCUCUCCCCUAUCGGAGCCCUCUCCCCUCCCCAGCGUUCCGGAGCACCCCCUCCAGGCACAGCAGGCUCCUGCCUCAGCUCCCCGCUUUUCCCCCGCUCUCACACCUUGCCUGCCCUCGCUGCUCCCCUCUACUAUCCAAACCUCUACCCUCCUAUACCGCCCAGGGCACCCCCCCUACCCCCUAAACUCCACCAGGCUCCUCCGCAGUCGCGCGUGGCGACUGUUCGCAGUGUCUCAUUCGCUGGCUCUGUACAGAGGACAGAGACAUCCUGGAUGGGCGAAGAUGUGAAGCAUCCAAUGAGAGGUCUGGGCCUGUCCUCUCUGUGCCUGCAGGAAAAAAAAGCUCUGGUCAGUGCAGUCAGUGUGGCAGUGGAAGCCAUCUUGGCCCAGUUCAGUUCUUCUCGGACUGUAGUUCAGAAGUCUCUCUCAGUUAACAAGGCCUUAUCAGGAGACAGCACUAUAAAUCCGUCUUUGGGCCGUCUGGUGCUGCAGUGCCUAUGCCCUGCCCUGCACAGCUUGCUGACCGAUGGCUUGAAACCCCACCAGAGUGACCUGAUUGCAGGCAGGAGGCCAAACUCUGCCUGGAGUCUUGUUCAGGCCUCAACCAAGCCAGGUCCAAAAACACAGGCCUUGUUCACCCUUCAAGUUCGAGUUGGAGAGCUGCCCCAGCUCAGACAAAGCAAACACAGGUUCAACGCAUUCCUGCUUGGCCUACUGAAUAUUAAGCAUCUUGAUCUCUGGCUGUCCCACCUUCAGUCCUGCAGUGAUGUACUGGAGACAUAUUACCGUCCCACCUCCUUUAUGCGCCUGUCACUGACCGCCUGCCAGCCUCUGUUCGAGGAGCUGCUCCUCGUGUUGCAGCCUCUCAGCCUGCUCACCUUCAACCUCGACCUGCUUUUCCAGCACCACCAUUUGGAGCCAGACGGUCACAAUCCAGAGAUCCCCAGUCCACCCUGUCAGGAUGCUGGAUUCCAGCUUUCAACAGAGGGGUCUCAAAACAAAAUCACAGGCUGCAGAUAUAUUGAAAGCCUGUCAGAAGUAGACUUUGGAAGUCCAGAACAUCAGGUAGCCAAAGAGAAAUUGUCCCCAUUGGCUAAUCCAAAGAAUGGAGGAUCAGGGGAGUCAACACAUGACAGUGCUGCACCCAUAAAGGCUUCGGUCACUCUCGGGCAGACAAGUCCUCAGCUGUUGUGGGUGCAGGAGAAGGAAAUUGGAGAGUUACCUCCUCCUGAUAUUGAGGAGGACAGCCUUGCUCAGCAGGCAGGACAGGUGAUCCAGCAGGGAUGGGGAGCUGUGAUGCGCUGGGGAGGCAGACUGAGCCAGAACCUGGCUGAGCUGAACCUGAAAAAGGGGGAGAUGAGGACGGAUCUGUCAGAGCUCCAGGCACAGAGUGACUUUGCUCCGGUCAGCAGUGGUGCUCAGGUUCCCUGGGGUCUGGGGAGGCUCUUUGGAGCCUCUAAAAGCCCCAACAGCCCACCAGGUCAAAUACCACCAACCAGGCGUCCUUCUCAGUGGCUGGCUCCUGGGGUCACAGCCCUGACUCGAAUGGUGAGCAGCAGCUCCACCCCAAUAAUAAAGAGGGUCCCAGGGUCCCAGGGAGAUGGUCAGCCAGAGUCAGAGAAAGAGGUGGAUGCACUGGAGAUGAAUGACAAACCCAGACCACUCAGGUCAGUACGAACGCUGUGUGACCACACCGGAGCAGGCUCGGAGCUCACCUUCCGCAAAGGGGAGGAACUUGUGGUGUUAGGAGGAGUCGAUCAAGACUGGAUUCGCUGUCGUCAGGGAGAUAACGAGGGGCUGGUGCCUAUUGGCUACACCUCCCUCAUCAUGUGACUUCGAUACCAUAACUGCUGCACUAAAUCAAUAAAAAAAGCAAAAUAAAUAUAUAUAUAUAUAUUUUAGGCGAGUAUUGAGAGGUUGUGGUGAGGCUCCAUUACUCUGAAAGGGAUAUUUCACGCUUGCAUGGUUAGAGUUUAAAUUGAGUGCAUAACACCAUCUGUUCUGCUUUACGUGCAUCAGGAGCAGUCUGCAACCCUCUCCCUUUAUGAACAUAUGGGUGUUUUUUCCCAUCACAAUCCAUCCAGUUUGGUAGCAUUAAACUAAUGGAUUUUAACAGCAGGAAUGCAGCAGAUGGUGUGAAAUAAUGACUCAAGUCAAAUUUAGAUCAUUUCCUACUGGAAGACCUUUGAUCUUGGAGUGAAGUAUCCCUUUAAAUGUCCUUUUCUCAAUUUCUGCCUUCCUUGUCAGCCACUGAUCUGAACAUGAUCACGGGGAAAUUCUGUGCAAUCAACCACUAGCAGAUUCAAGUGCUUUCAGAUCAGUGGCUGCCUGUUGUGAGGCGGUGACAGUCGACAGCCUGGUAGUAGCCACGUUAAUAUCUCUAGCCGUCAGCCGUAGAGAGUCGUGGCAUGCAGGUUGUCGAGUUGAGAGAGCAUGUCAGAGUACUGGGCCGUAGCUCCUGUUGCAUACUGCGUAGUAAUGUAGUGAAUUGUAGCUGUGUAGAUCUGUGUUAUGACCUUUCACCCCUAUUGACCUCUCACCUUUAUCGCCUGGUUCAUGUGUGUUUGACAUGUUUCUGCUAAUAUAUUUGACUGUAUAAAUAUACAUAAAAAAAAUAUAUAAAUAGGUAUAUAAAUUGAGAUUGAUAUUACCAAGAUAGAUAGAAAGAUAGAUGAACAAGAGAAAGCAGACAGUGAAACACAAGCUUAACACUGUGGCCACAUUGAGGAAGUGGAUGAUUAAAAAUGAAUGGAUUCAUUCUUUAUCUUUACAUCUUCUGCAACUUUACACACAUUAAGUGGUUGUCAUACAUGCAAAAAAAAGAGGAAUAUGUGUUUGUUGUAUGAAAUCCAGUAUCUUCCCUCCUAUGUGCUUUAUGUAUUGCCAAUGUCUUGACAUCAUAUUCAUAAAAUAUUUAGAUUUAGCCUCAUACCAUAAACACUGUAUGCAUUGUAAUGUGCCAUGAAUGCUUUGAAUGAAUGCCAAAAAAUAUCUAUCCCACACACUUAUCAGACAACAGCAAUCUGUAGCUAAUCUCUCUACUCAUCCAAAACCUCAAAGGGCCAACGUGUGUUGGAAUAAACACCUCACAAAACUAUGCUCAGCUCUUGUUCAGCACUAUCUGACCAUAAAUUUAAUGCAGUGAGAAAAUCCCAGAUGUAUGUAAUUCAUCAUGCUACUGUAAAGUCUGUAGGUUUGGUGGCUGGUCUUCACCUCGUACCUCAGCUUUUGUAUUUCUCUUAACCCUUCCUGCCAUGUUUGCUUAUCAUAAUCAUUGAUAUUAAUGAUAGUGGUAGUGGUGGAAGUGAUUUGUUGAUUCUAAUGUUGCUCAUAUGAAACACAUUACUUAUUUAUUGGUUAUUCUCUAGAUUCUGUAUUGAUUACUAUGCAUAUGGUUAAAUGUACAACUAAAAGCCUUGUUUGAUUUUAAAGUAAUUUAGAUUUGAUGUUCUCAUGCAAGUUGGCACAUGAUGCCUAAAACAAAAGCUUAAAUAGUUAAUAUAAAAAGAAAGUGAUUUUAACUGGUCACUAAAGGACCUCCAGGAAAGUUUAAUUUCUAUUGAUGAAUCAGGGAAAGCUCAGUUCUUGAAAGUUUCCUCAUGUUAUUGUGUCAAUGCCAUGUAGCAUGACAUUUCUGUCACUAUGGCAACUGUCCAGUAGCAUUCAGUUAAGCCAGUGCUCAUACCUUGUAACUUCUAAUCCCAAUAAAAUGCCAUCAAAUGGAUAAUCCCUAGGUGUUUACAAGAAAUAAUGUCUAGAUAGAAUAUAAAAUAUCGGUUGAUGCAUUAAAAUGUGUCAACAAGUUUUUGUUUUUUUGUUUGGUUUUGUAUUAUUUUGUUCAAAUGUGAGGUUAUGGUCUAAAUGCAUUUGUUUAAAAGCUGUUAAAAAAAAUGUACUAUUUAUUGAUAUUGAGGGAAUAGCUCUAUCUGACCCAUCUAGUGUCUCUCUAUCUAUCUGGGUUCAUUAUCUGAGUGUGUGUGUGUGUGUGUGAGCGUGGAUAUGGCAGCGUAUGUGGCAGUGAAAGCAGAGAUGAGUGUGAACACAUCUGUGUGUCUGCACAUCCUGCACUUUCACUUAUGUGUGUGUGUGUAAAAUGAUGAGUUCUGUACCUCCUCUUCCUCCUCUCUUUCUCUCUCUGGUGUCAUGUAGCCUGUAGACAUCCCCCCCCCCCCGUCCUACUAUUGCAUAUAGUUCAGUGCCCCUAUAGUGUCAGUCACUGUCCACCUCCUGCAUGUGCUUGUUUGUAAAUACACCAAAUAAAAUGAUCAGUAUAAACCAAA